AUGGGGCACGCUGUACACCAGUUCAAGGCUCUCUUCUGGAAAAAUUGGCUCUGCCGUGUGAGGCAACCGGUCCUCUCUCUCACCGAAAUACUGUGGCCAUGUGUACUUUUCUUGAUUCUAGCUGCUGUCCGCUUCCAGGAGCCCCCAAAAUACAAGGAAAAUUGUUACUUGGAAGCUCGUGAUUUGCCCAGCCGGGGUCUCUACCCUUUCAUGAGAACCCUUUUCUGUAAUGUUGGCUCCAGGUGCAGGAACACCAGCUACACAGCACGGAGGCACGGCCGCCUGGGUGCAAGCCCCCAAAGUGGUCCAGAGAGAGCCACUGGUCCUGAUCUAGACUUCAUGGAAGAGAUAGAAGAACUUGCAAAGGAAUUUAUUGAUACUACAGAGAAAGCCAUGGUCUUAGAGAAGCUAUGGGAAGAAAACUCAAGGCUCUCAGGGCUCCAUAACAUCACCACUUUUCUUACCAUGGAUUUGAAUGAAGCAGAGAAAAUUAUUUCUAGAGCAGAAAAUCUGUACAAGCAACCAUAUAUCUGGAACCUUCUGCAUUCACUCCCUCACCUUGAACUGAACAGCUUUUAUACAGAAGAUGAGUUAGCUACCAUAACACAGUUUCUAAAAGUUAUUCAAAAUACCUUGGCAUCACUGAAGGAUUUACCUGUGAUGCCACUGGGCCAAAGUCUCUAUGAAGUGGUGAAAAUGGCACUGAAUUUGACUGCUGCAUCAAUACAGGAUAGGAGCUUAGAAGGUUUUCAAUACAAUCUUUCUUUCGGGGAUGUUUUGUGGAAUCCACUUGCUGUGAAAGCAGAACUUGAAUCCAGGUUUGGUUUUGAUGGCUCUCAUGUUGAGAAGCUCCUAAGUUACACAGCACAAUUAUCAGAGAUUCCCACAGGAGAGACACUGGAGCAGUUUGUGUGCUCUGCUCUGGCUGUUGUCCCAGAAGAUGAAGUAAACAAAGAGAAUAAUGGAGAGGGCUGUAAUUCUGCACAGCAUGAAGCCAAACUGUAUCUUGUUCAUGCUGUCAGCAAGUUUAAACUCUAUGCACAGAUACUUGAGCAAUGGCUUGGCAGCAGCAGUCUCUCUCAGAAUCUCCUUUUGGAACUUAGAAGAAUCAUGGCUGAUUUAACAUCUCAAUUUCUAGAUGACAGGGAAGCCCGGAAACUUUUUUCAGAGAUAAAUACCCUGAUCCAGCAAUGGAAUAAGAAAUCAGAUGCCUAUUUUUCAGAAAGAUAUGUUUCAUCUCAUGAUUGGAUUUUGACAUCUUUAAAAGAGUUUUUGAAGACAGAAGAAAACGUAAGGAUUUCUGGUGAAAAGAAAAUGGAUCAUCUUUUUCAUCUUGUAGAAGUCAUAGAAAAAAUUAUAAUGUUUGAUUUCUCAGUUUCUUCAAACAAGUCUCUAAUUGAAAAUAAUGCCUUGUAUAAUGCAAUUAUAUGGAUAAAAAAUUUUGCUGAGGGGGAGGAAUCUGCCACCAAUUUCUCACUUGCAAUUUCUGAACUCCAUAAUGAGCUACAAAAAAAUUUCCAACCUCUUCAGAGCUUCUGGAUGAAAGAAAAGACAGAAUUUUUCUGGCAUAUAGUGGAAAUUGUAUUCCAUGAACUUGAUUCUAGGCUUUCUCUCUUGAGUCUAGUAGAAGAGGAAGAGGUAAUUGAGACCUUAUCUAGAAUUUUAUCUUCUAUUACGGAAAAUAAAAUCUAUAAUGGAAGCAUGGCAUUGCUCAAAAUUAUCCUGACUGAUUGGCCAGAGUUAAAUAUUACUGCUUUGGACCGUUUAAAACAUUUAAGUAGACACUUCCAAAGAAAUCUUUAUAAAGUUGGAUCAUUGUCUGGUGAUCAUGUCAAUGUGUCAUUUAGCACAAUUCCUGGAGUGAGUAAUACCUCCUCUUUAUUUCUCCCAAAUGCAACUUUUUUGUAUAAGGUACAAGAAUUAGGAGAAAUUGUGCAUGAUUUCCUCAGAAAGAUCCAAAAAUUAAAUAGUACUAGUGUGGCCUCCCUUGUUCCAAAAAUUUUCUCUCUGUACCAGAAUGAUGAUCUGGUUUUAAAUAUUAAGAACAAUAACACUCUGUUAAAUCUUCUUUAUGAGACUUCAAAAAGCAUGUCAUCUUCUGAAGUAUGGCAUGAUUUGCAAAAUAAGGAACUAGUUUUUGAUUUUCUGUUUGAAACUUUUGAUCUUCUCUGGAACCUCACCAGUAAAUCUCUCUGUGAAAAGUUACUUUUAAUUUACAACUACACAGAGUUUCAGGCACAGUUCCUUGCACAGAAUGGAAAAAAAGAUAUACAAGUUGUUUAUGACACUCUGAGCAGCCUUAAAACUUUAUUUAUAGAUGAAGAGCUCCAAACAGAUGUCUUAUGUUUUUUGGAAGAGUUUCUUGAUCUGCCUCCAGAAUGUUUGGUAAAUAAUGGGUGUGCUGAUUUUUAUCUAGCAAACAUGAGUUCUGUAGAACAUUCAGCAGAGUUUUAUGACUUACUUCUGCUUCCACUGGACAGUGUCCUGUCUAAUGUAAUGAACUGGGGAGAUAAGGUAAGUGUGCCUUCUGCUUUGCACUGCACUUUUACAUGGCUUCAGGCAUGGACAGAGAUUUUUGAAGAAGCAUCAGAAAUCUUACAUUUGAAUUCAACCUAUUUUGUUUGCCUAAGAGAUGAUUUGGCAUAUCUCUCUGCAAAUCUUCUAAAUGUGACUCAAGAUGAACUGUGCAAUAAUACAGCUAUGGCUGUUGUUGAAGCUACAGGAACAGCAAUGAAGCUAUUAAAAGCUCUAUUUCAGGAACAGGGCCAUUUAAAUGACAUGAAAGAUUUUGAGGCUUUCCUUGUUAAUCUUCAAAUUGCAAUUAACAAUGCAUUUGAUGUCACAAACUUGCUUAAAGAUAGCAGUUUUGAAAGUGUUUUAGAGACAAUGGGAGUCAUGAUAACUAAAAUGCAGAAAUCUCUACUAACGAUUGUAAAUGAAGAGUUUUUGAAUUCCUGGCUUGAUGCUUUCAUCUCAGGAGGAUCUGAGGGAGAAGAUAAGGGUGCUGGUGCAUUUUCCAUUGGAAAUUCCCUUUCUACUCUUCUUAAGCUCUCUCAAAAGGAACUUGAAAUUAUUCUCACUGAGAUAAAUGAUACAUCUGCUCUUUUAAAAACUGUACCUCAAGACAAAUAUAUGGUUUGUAUCAGCAUUUUCCAGAAUAUUACCAAACUAAUUUUGGAUAAUACUCUGAAAGAUAUACACUACUUGCAAACAAAUUUUUCAUCUCUUCUUACCUCCUUUCUAAACUUUCAUAGUAUAAUGGAUGAAGCAGAGGAUUGUAAUGCAUGGAUAUAUGGAUUAAGUAAUCUCACUGAAAAAUACAAGCCACCUUCCCACCUUGAAAGUACAAAACAUAUUUUAUUUCUUCUGCAAUCUCUGGGAAAUGCUGAGACAGAUGCUAAGCUAAUGAAUGUGAUGGACUUUGUUAAUUUGGUUUUUAAUUUGACACUCCCUGAAUGUUCCCUGGGUGGUACUGAUGUGAUUUGUGCAAGUGUUUAUUUCAAUAUAAUAGCAAAAACUUUGAAAUUUAUUCUCCCUGAAUUUUAUGCAAAAGAUAACAUUAAUGUGCUUGAAUUUAUUUUUAAACGUUUAAAUCACUCUGGAGAGCAAAUAAAAACUGCUAUCAGUGAUUUAGUUGGGAGCUCAUUGUAUAUGUCAAAUAAGACCCAUUUUAGUCAAUCUACCCAUGGUUUUAACAGGACUUCAAGAAUGCCCCUUAAUCCUUUUCACCACAUUCAUCUUUUAUCAGCAGAACUUUUGUCAGAAAUUCAAAGUCUUCUGAAAAACAAAACUUUUGAAAACAGCUCCUCUCAUUUGGACAAUGAGAUUGAACCUUUCUUGCAUGGGAAAAAUAUCAGUUUGCUGAUGGAGUUCUUUCAACAUAUGAUUAGAAAACUUGACUCAAACUUGCAGAAUGAGCACAAAACAUUUCCUCAGAAACUGGUGGAAACAGCAGGUCUGAGUAUUGAACUGGUAAGGAAGGCACUUGAAAUUUUCAAGUCUCCUACUUUUACUGUCUUUCCAUCAAGAGAUGAAAAGGAAUUUCUAAAGUUUGUGGUUGCCUUGGUGCAAAACAUGAGAAACAUGGAUGUUGAGUUUUUGAUAAGUAGAUUCAAACAGGUCCAGGAGAACCUAGAAAAUUUCUUUAAAAAUAUCAAACCUUUUUCUCUUGAGAACUCUGAGUUAGGUACUUUAACAGACUGGUGGGAUGCAUUUGAGAACAUAUCAUGUUACUGGAACCUGACUGGUGUAUGGCAAAUAACACAGCUUUUUGUACAAGAUGAGCCCUACAAUAUAGAAGAUGUGUUCAGUCUCCUCUUCGAUGUCAUCAGCCUUACAGAAAGAUUGGCUCAUGGGAACAUUACAGAAGCAUUUACUGAAAUAUAUGCUUUCAUACUGACUCAGGAAGAAAAAAUGCAAAUGUUUACUGAUGAGGAGUUCUCUGACCAAGUAGAAGAACUUCUAACAUUGCUGGAGAUAUUGGCAGACAUCUCUGAUGAACCUGGAGAGGCUUCUCUUUGUUUAUCUGUGACAUUCUGCUGGACUCUCACAACAGCAACACCUCUCACAACAGCGACACCUCAGAGUGAUCCCACCGUUCAACUUUGUGACUUUGUGCAUACCAAUUCUACUCUUCAUUACAAUGCAAUCAUUGAAGUCAUCAAGGAUCUUAAACUCAUCACUCUGGAUGACAGUUUGUCUUGCUCUGUGGAGGACAUUCAGAUGGAUAUCACUCGCAACCUGACUUGCUUCUUUCAUCAGAUCAAAGAAUGGAACUCUAUAAUUUUGAAGUUUUCUGAGCUCCACCAUAUAAAUAGCUCAGUUCUCAAAGAGCUGCUAGAGUUUUGGAAUGAGCUAUCCCUUUAUGCUGUGCCACUCCAGGUGAAUAAUACAGAUCCAAUCAAUUGCUCCUCCACACCAAAGAGCCAAAUGGCUUUACAAAUUUUAGAAACUCUGGGCAGCAUUUCAGUGUCAGAAAUGGAGAUGGCCAAAAGUCUUCUUGAACAGCUUGAUAAUCUUUAUGGUGGCCUAAGCUGGAACAGAGAGUCAAGAAUGUCACUUAAGAGUGCUCUUACUAAUGUUAAGAAUAUGACCAGUGAAGUUUCUAGGCUCCUGAAUGAACCUGUUCUUUCUUUUCUUUCUGUAAUUCAGCCUUUAAUGACACUGUCAUCUGUUGGAAACCAGACACAUGAAAUUCUUUUGGCAAUAUCAGCUUUAAGUGGGAACAUCAAUAUACCUGACAACUUAGAGAACUUCUGGUUUCCUGUAGUUACAAGCAUAGAAAAUUUAUUGGUGAAUUUUAGUUUUAGACCCUUACUUGUGAUGAUAAAUCAAGAGCUUCAAUUACUAAAGUUUGCCACUGGACAAUCCUCUUCCAUGGCUCCUGAUGUUUUACUAGAGCAGUUUAACACAUCAUCUGUAGAUGCUAUAUCAAGAAAUUUUGAAGAUAUACAUGACAUUGUGAAGAGCAUUCUAUGUGAGUGUAACAAUAAAAAUUAUUCAAAAAUAAUGCAUGCUCUAAUUCUCCUUAUGACCAAUGAAAGUUCAUCGAAUGACCUACUGCUGGCUGUCAAAGAUAUUUUUGCUUUUCUGGAGCUAUUCCAAGAUAAGACUAAGAAGGACUAUGCUAGUAUGUUGUUUGCUGACAGUCAUUUUAGCAGAGAGAAAUUGAAUAAUACUCAUGCUGCUUUUUCAGUUUUGCUAAACAGCCUCCUUCAUGCAAUUGCCGAGCUUGAUGUUGUAGAAGAAACUUUGCAUGCAAACAAUACUGAGCUUCAUAAAGUUGACUUCAUUGAUUCAUUUUUUAAUAAUGCACCAUAUAGAGACACUUCUACUCAGUCCCAAAGCAGAACUCUGGAGAUAAUGCAAGAGAUUUUGCAAAUAACAUUUCAGUCUACUGCAGAACCUGACAAAAAUAAAAUAAAACUCUUACUAAUGAAUUUGUAUGAGGAUGUUAUGACAGAACUGAGAGCAUCUAAAAUCUGCAGCAUUCUUCAGGCACGUUUACACCCUGAUAGUGUCGUACUGUUGCAGAAAUUGCAAUUUACCAUUUUGAGUAUCCUCAAAAUCUUUUCAGAAGAACCCACUGUCUUUAGCAACACUUUCUGUGCCAUUGCAAAGUGUAAAGAUGGAUUAACAAGUCACUUGCUCCUCUCUGUCUUUGAAGGGAUUGCUGUGGCUCAAGAUCAUUAUCAGGAUGUUGGAAGAUAUUUGCCUGCUUUCAACAAGGGGGAUUGUGAAAGUAUGGCAUACAUAAACCAAAAGCUUUCCAGUGCUUUGGAGAACUUUGUGGGAGUCUUGCAGAAUACCAGCAGUGACAGCUGUGAAUGCCAGCUAAUGUUGGGGAACAUCCAGAGACGACUGCAAAUGGUGACUGAAAAUCUGGAGCUACAAUUGUUGGAAAACCCAGCAGCAGCUUUCCUCAGCAAUUUUAAUCUUGUGAAUGAUAUGAAAGUCAAAGAUUUUGUUCGGAACAUUACUCACUUGAGGCUGGACAUUGGUUCCUCUCUGAAUAUUUCUGAAGAAACUCUCAAUACCCUACUGGAAGCCAGUGUCUCUCAUACAGAGGUUCUUUACAGGGCCUUUGUGGUAGCCUUAACUGGAAGAUGUGAUGAAGAAGUACUUAGCCUACUGCUAAAGCUGCCUGAAAACAAUAGAACUUCCCUGGUAGUGGAAGAAUUAUGUUCUUUACCAGCACUGGACUUGUAUACCAUGUUUGUAUUAUUUAUACAAAAUUUGAACGUUCGUCACAUCAUGUACAAGGUCCAGAUACCACCUGAUAUAGGCAAUGUAUUAAAUAUGUUACUGAAUGUGGUUUCUAGUAUCAGCUCACUUCUCAACAAAGUUCACCAUGUCAUGGAAAAGCUUCCAGUGUUCCUCCAAGGAAUUCAAAAUAUUGGUGUGCUUGACAUCUCUGCAUUGCAGCAGUUUUUGCAAGGUGGGCAGUUCAGGAGUUCAGCUGUUGGAUCCCUGGAGUCUGUAAUCAAGGCAGUGUGUAAAGAAGAAUCUUCAUUUUUCAGCAGUGCAAACCUGUUCAUAGACAUGCCCAGAAUCAUGGGACUUUUGGAGGACAAUAUGGCAAAAUAUGGCAUCCCUGAAGACUCAACUCCUUUUUGCCUGAAGCUUUAUCAGGAGAUUUUGCAGGCUCCUAAUGGGGCUUUGCUGUGGACCUUCCUGAAACCUUUAUUACAUGGGAAGAUACUGUACAAUUCAAACAUCAACAUGAUUGACCUGGUGAUGGAGAAGGCGAAUUUCACUUUUGGUUUUGUGGAAAACUUGAAGACUUAUUCUGAGACGUGGCUCAGGAUGUCUGAGGUUUUCAAAACCAGUAGAAAUGUUCUCACAGUCUCACGAUUGCAGGAAGCCCUGCAAAACAAUUUUGUAAAGCAUUUCAUAGAAAGUAAUUUGGAUAUCAACAUGGAAAAACUCCUUAAAAAAAUGCAAACAUAUGAAACUAUGACGAGCAAGAUGCUUAACAGCUCAGCAAGUAAACAGAUCGACCUGUUGGCACAGCUUAUUGUAAAUAUCUCUUCCUGUGUGUUGCUGGACCGCUUCCAGCCUUUUGACUCUAUUCAGAAAUUGGAGGAGAAGGCUCAUGAGCUCAUGCAGGAAAAUAAUCUUUUGGCUAGUAUCAUCUUCAAUACACCAGAGGACAAGAAGCAAGAUUCUAGCAAUCUCCUUCCAAGACACGUUUCAUAUACAAUUAGAACCAGUGUUCUCUACAGCAUGAGAACAGAUCUGAUUAAAAACCCAGCAUGGAAAUCCCAUCCCCACAAAUUGCCAGCUGACGGGUUUAAAUACAACCAUGUCUUUAUUCCUCUUCAAGACAUGAUUGAAAGGGCAAUUAUUUCAGCACAGACUGGGACUGACACCUCAGAGACAGCAAUUCAGGUGCAAGCCAUGCCUUACCCUUGUCAUACCAGUGAUCUGUUCUUGAACAACAUAGGGUUUUUUUUCCCACUUAUGAUGAUGUUAACGUGGAUGGUUUCAGUUGCUGGUAUGGUUCGCAAGCUGGUUUAUGAAAGAGAAAUCCACCUUGAGGAGUAUAUGAAGACAAUGGGUGUGUAUCCAGCCAUUCAUUUCUUUGCUUGGUUUUUGGAGAAUGUCAUUGUGCUUACAGUAAGCAGCUGUGCUCUGGCCAUCAUCUUAAAAGCAAGUGGUAUCUUUGCUUAUAGCAAUGGUUUCCUUACCUUCCUUUUUCUCCUGGAAUUUGGAGUAACAGUUAUCAUGUUAAGCUAUUUUUUGGGAGCGUUUUUCAGCAGUGCCAAUACAGCAGCUCUGUGUGCCAGCCUUGUCUAUAUGAUCAGCUUUUUGCCCUACAUAGUUUUGUUGGUCUUGCAGAACCAGCUGAGUUUCACCAACCAGAUUAUAAUGUGUCUUCUUUCUACAACUGCCUUUGGACAAGGAAUAUUUUUCAUUACAUAUUUUGAGGGACAAGAAAUAGGAAUUCAGUGGGAUAAUGUGCACCAGUCAAUGGCACAAGGAGGAUACAUGACCUUUGGAUGGAUGUGCUGGAUGAUGUUCUUUGACUCCAUUUUAUAUUUUGUAGGUGGCUGGUAUUUCAGCAAUAUUAUUCCUGGUAAAUCUGGAUUAAAAAAUCGAUGGUACUUUCCCUUUAUUGUUUCCUACUGGAAGAACCUGUGUGGUACAGAGAGAAGCAAGAGACAUUAUCUGAAUUCUAAUAUGUUUUUCUUCAAUGAAAACUUCCAAGAAAAAGAAUCAGCCCCUCAGAGUUGGAAAGUCCCUUGCACUGAAGGAGCCACCAUUGGUGUCGUGCUGCUGUCCCUCACCAAAGAGCACGUGGAUGGUCAGAAAGCUGCUGUUAAAGACCUCAACCUCACUUUCCAUAAGGGUCAGAUAACUGCACUCUUGGGACCUAAUGGAGCUGGAAAGACAACAGUUAUAUCCCUGCUGACUGGUCUGUACCCACCGAGCUCUGGUACCAUUAUUGUUGAUGGGAAGGACAUCAGGACUGAGCUGGCUGCCAUCAGGACAGAGCUGGGUGUUUGUCCCCAGUACGAUGUCCUGUUCAGCGCGCUGACGGUGCGAGAGCACCUCCUGCUCUACGGGUCAGUGAAGGCACCUGGCUGGACAAGGGAGCAGCUGAAUGAGCAAGUCAGGGGAGCUCUGGAAGAUGUGGAUUUAUCCCAACAUCAGUACAAACCUGUUGGAGCCCUUUCAGGGGGAAUGAAAAGGAGACUGUCAAUUGCCAUCUCCUUCAUUGGAAACUCAAAGACAGUUGUUCUGGAUGAGCCCACCAGCGGAGUAGAUCCAUGUUCUCGCCGCAGUAUCUGGGAUGUUCUGCUGAAGUACAAAGCUGGCUGCACGCUCAUCUUCAGCACGCACCACCUGGACGAGGCCGAGGCGCUCAGCGACCGCAUCGCCAUCCUGCAGCGCGGCCAGCUCCGCUGCUGCGGCUCCCCCGCCUCUCUCAGGGACACCUACGGCCAGGGACACAGCCUGACACUCGUCAAAAAGCCCUCUGUGUUUGAAAUCCAGGACCCUAAGCACAUUGUUCAGGUCACAUCCCUGGUACAGACCCACAUUCCAGAAGCCUUCUUGAAAGAAAACAGUGGGACUGAGCUGACCUAUGUGAUCCCAGAAAGGGCAGAUAAAACCUCUUUUAAAGGUCUUUUUCAAGCUUUAGAUCAAAGUCUUCAGCAUCUACAUGUGACUGGCUAUGGCAUUUCUGACACAACUUUGGAAGAGGUUUUUCUGAAGCUGCUGCAGGACUCAGAGAAGAAGCCCUAUGUUCCACAGGCAGCACACCUGGACCAUACAAAUGGUGCUGAAUCAGUCUAUAUUUCCCUCGGGGGAGCCUCGAGUGUGCGUGGAGCCCGCCUUGUUCUCUCACAGAUUUUUGCCCUUCUGGUGAAGAGGUUUCACCACACGAGGCGAGACUGGAGAGGAAGCCUGUCGAAUGUGCUGCUGCCCGUCCUCUUUGUGGCGCUGGCAAUGGCCCUGUUCAGUGUGAAGCCGCUGGCUAUCGAUUAUCCUCCUCUCAAGCUGACUCCAAGGCUGUACGACAGUGCAGAAUCCUUCUUCAGCACUGAAGAUGAUGACCUAGGAAAACUUUCUCAGGUUCUACUGGGUUAUUUCUCUGAUUGGGACCACACAUGCACACAUUCACAACACAGAAAAAAUAAUUCAUGCUGGCAGAUGGAAUUUAUGUCACCUCAGGAUUCAUGCAGAUGUGUGUCUGAACAGAAGAUGUGCCCAAGUUUCAAUACCUCUGCUCCCUAUGUGAAGAAUAAGAAAGGACAUAUUUUGUAUAAUCUUUCAGGGUUCCCUAUAGAAGAAUAUUUAGUGAGGUCCUCCAACAAAACCAGAUAUGGUGGUUGGUCUUUUGGAGGGGUGAAAACAUUUGAACUUCAAGAUAAAAAAUUGAAUAGCACCAAUUCUCAGCCUGUGGCUAAGGUAUGGUAUAACCAAAAAGGUUUCCAUUCGCUGCCAUCCUAUUUAAAUGAACUCAAUAACUUCAUUCUGUGGCUGAAUUUGCCUUCUAAUGUGGAUUGGAGACAGUAUGGGAUAACACUCUACAGCCAGCCAUAUGGAGGAGCCUUGUUGGAUGAGGAUAAAAUAAUGGAGAACGUCCGUCAGUGUGGGGUCGCACUGUGCAUCAUGCUGGGUUUCUCCAUCCUCACUGCAUCCAUUGGCACCUCCACAGUGAGGGACAGAGUAUCUGGGACAAAACGCCUGCAGCACAUGGCAGGCCUGGGCUACAAAACUUACUGGCUUGCUCACUUCUGCUGUGAUAUGCUGUUUUACAUGGUUCCAGUCACCCUGUGUGUUGGUGUUAUUAGUGCCUUCCAGCUUUCAGCCUUCACUUUCCGAAAGAACUUGGCAGCCACUUCUCUGCUGCUGAUACUCUUUGGAUAUGCAACCUUACCUUGGAUGUAUCUUGCAUCCAGAUUCUUCUCAAGUGCAGAUGUAGCUUUUAUUUCUUACAUCUCCUUAAAUUUUGUGUUUGGCCUGUGUACCAUGCUAGUGACCCUCUUACCUCGCUUGUUAACUAUAAUUUCCAAAGUGCAGAGUUUUCAGAACAUCUACAAUAUCCUCAAAUGGGCAUUCAUCAUAUUCCCACAGUUCUGCCUAGGCCAGGGUUUAAUAGAACUUUCUUACAAUCAGAUCAAGUUUGACCUGACCAGGAACUUUGGAAUAGAUUCUUAUGUGAGCCCCUUUGAGAUGGAUUUCCUGGGCUGGAUUUUUGUGGAAAUGUCCCUUCAGGGAACGCUACUACUUCUUUUACGUCUUUUCCUUCAUUGGGAUCUCCUCUGGAAACCAAGGGGUCACUGCUCAGGUAACAGCUUGGACAGCCCUUCAGAAGAUGUUGAUGUAGAAAGGGAGCGGCAGAGACUCUUUGGUGGAGGGACUGGUAAUGAUGUCCUGCUUCUGUACAACCUCAGGAAGUGUUAUGGGGCUUUCAGUAAGAAGAACAUUGCUGUGGAGAACAUAAGCUUGGGCAUACCAAGGGGAGAGUGUUUUGGACUCCUGGGAACAAAUGGAGCUGGGAAAAGCACAACAUUUAAGAUGCUGACUGGAGAUAUCAUCCCAUCUGCAGGACGUGCUGUUAUCAGGACUCCUGCUGGGUCUGAAAUGGAUAUACUCUCUGCUAGCUCUGAAGGUAUUCUUAUUGGAUACUGUCCACAGCAAGAUGCCUUGGAUGAACUUUUAACAGGUUGGGAGCAUCUUUAUUAUUACUGCACACUGCGUGGAAUUCCAAAGCAGAAUAUCCAUAAGGUUGCAGAGGACCUUGUUGACCGGUUACACCUCAACGCCCACGCUGACAAACUGGUGAGAACCUACAGUGCUGGCACCAAGAGGAAGCUCUCCACUGCUGUGGCUUUAGUUGGUAAACCCCAAAUACUUCUACUGGAUGAGCCCAGCUCUGGGAUGGAUCCCUGCUCUAAACGCUACCUUUGGAAAGCUAUCCUGAAGGAAGUUCAGGAUGGCUGUGCAGCUGUGCUGACAUCCCACAGUAUGGAAGAAUGUGAGGCUCUCUGCACAAGGCUUGCUAUUAUGGUCAAUGGAGCUUUCAAGUGUCUUGGUUCUCCCCAGCACAUUAAAAACAGGUUUGGAGAUGGUUAUUCUGUCAAGGUUUGGCUUAGCAAAGAGAUAAGUUAUGGAAGAAUGAUAUUGGACUGUCUACAGCUCCAUUUUCCUGGAACACAGUUUAAGGGACAACAUCUUAACCUGCUCGAGUACCAUGUACCAAGAAGUCAGGGAUGUUUAGCAGAGCUCUUCAGAGUCCUGGAGAAUCACAAAACUUUUCUCCAAAUUAAACACUACUCCAUUAGCCAAACCACAUUGGAGCAGGUAUUCCUUAAUUUUGCGACACAGCAACAAGGAAUCUCGCCUUCUUCACAAGGAUCUCCUGUUGUUCAUCAUGAUUGUCUCCCAGUCUAG